AAUUUUAGGUUAUAUGAUAAGUUGACACACGAUUCGGAAUAAUGUCAUCGAAGAAAAGCUCACAGCUACAAGCUAAUUCCGAGACUGUUCAUUGGAAAAAGACGUUGGCCAAAGCGUUGGUAAGCGGAAGCGAAUGGCCCGAUAAAGAUGAAUUGUUGGAUGUAUUAUAUUGGGGAAGGCAACUUCUUGCACUUAUGAUUGGUAUUUUUUGGGGUUUCAUACCUCUACACGGCUUUUUGGCCAUUGUUCUCUAUAUCGCAAUUUCUACUGCAGUUGGCCAAUUAUAUGCUACCAAUUUUCAAAAGGUGGAUGAAGAUUCCUUGGGUGGAUUUUGGGAAUUAGCAAAAGAAGGUUUUGGAUCUGCAUUCGCAACGUUCAUGGUUUCAUGGAUAGGCGUUUAUUCUGCUUCACAUUUUAACUGA